UCCCGAACCCUCUGCGGUGCAGCACGGAAGCCACGAAGUCCCCUGUGUCAUCUCUCCUAGUCCUACUCCAGCCGUCCCAGCCGCUGUCCAACCCCCCGCCGGGGUUUGUGCAGCGGCCUGCACACCCUUCAGCCAGUGUACGCGCUUUGCACCUGCCUGCCCGAAAACAUGUUGCAGAAACCAGGGAGCAGGGGUCUCCCUGUCCCUCAGGCGGAGGGGGAGAUGGAUGGUGGCCACGACAGUGAGACCCAGGCCCUGACCGCCUCGCAGGAGGUGGCCCCGAGCCCCCUUCUGCAAGAGAGCCCCGAGGAGGACCUUGGCGCUGUAAGGGAGGAGGGGGCUGCGGAGCCCUCCAUCACCCUGAAAGGUGCGAGGGCUUUGGCAGCCAAAACCUUGGCCCGGCGCAGGGCCUGCCUCCGUCUGGAUCAGAAGGUGGCCGAGUUGGUGCAGUUUCUGCUGGUGAAGGACAGGAAGAAGAGUCCCAUCACCCUCUCUGAGAUGGUGAAAUACAUUAUCAGAUACUUAAAGGAUCUGUUCCCUCAGAUCAUCGCAAGGGCCGCAGAACAUCUGCGGUAUGUCUUUGGUUUCAAGCUGAAACAGCUUGACCGCAAGCACCACACUUAUAUCCUGAUCAACAAACUAAAACCUCUUGAGGAGGAGGAGGAGGAUCUGGGAGGAGAUGGCCCCAGACUGGGUCUUUUAAUGAUGAUAUUGGGCUGUAUCUACAUGAAAGGUAAUAGCGCCAGGGAGGCACAGGUCUGGGAGAUGCUGCGUCGGUUGGAGGCGCGUCCCUCAAAGUAUCACUUCCUCUUUGGGUGCCCGAGGAGGCUUAUUAUGGAAGAUUUCGUGCAGCUGAGAUACCUCAAUUACCGGCGUGUUUCUCACACCAAUCCACCGGCAUGUGAAUUCUCUUGGGGUCCCCGAAGCGACCUGGAAACCAGCAAGAUGAAAGUCCUGGGGUUCGUGGCCAAGCUCCAUAGGAAAGAACCCCAACACUGGCCAGUGCAGUACUGUGAGGCCCUGGCAGACGAGGCUGACAGGGGCAGUGUGAGGGCUAGGGCCAGGGCUAAUGCUAAUGCUGGAGCCGGCGUCCACCCCUGGUGAGGGCCAGCCAGAGGUGGGGUGGGGUGAAGUUGGGUGUAAAAGCUACUGUCUGAGUCAUAAGUACACUAGAUGGGGA